UUACACGAUAACGUUCUAAUUACGAUCUGUGUUUACACAGUAACGGUACACAUCGAAAACGUGUAAUGUCCUGCCACACCACUAGUUGGUGCUAGAUUCUUUGAAACUUAGGUGCGCAUGCGUAAGAAAAGGAGUUGUACCUGAAAGCUGUUAAAACCGUUAAGAUGGCAGCGAAUAAAGUAUUUAUUUGGACUGACGACGAGGUAGAGCUAUUACUUAAGGUAACUUUGAAUUAUAAGACCAUAAAAUGUCAAGAAAAUAUUGACUGGGAGUCAUGCCAAUCGAAGUACGCGGACAUAUUUAAAGAUUUCUUGGAGCAGUAUCCUGCUAAUGGAAAAGAAGGAAAUGGAAAAGACUUCCCGCACGAGAACAACGCCGUAACAAAAGCCCUGGUGAUGUCCAAAUUAAAAGCAGUCCGGGGAAAAUACAGACGUGCUGUGGACUCUGGACGUCGUAGCGGGCAAGGAMGUGUGGUGUUAAUUUUCUUUGAACUGUGCGAAGACAUAUGGGGUGGAUCACCGGCUACCAGCGCGCUGGAAUUUGGCGUUCAAACAACCGAUUUUGACCAGGGCACCCAGGAAAYCGUCCUCUCUGACACAUCCAGUUCAACACCACAUUCAGUGUGUGAGUCGCAUGAGGACUCUACAGUGGCGAGGUCCCGAAAGGAAAUGCUUGAAACCAGGCUGCAAACCCACAGACAACAGAGGCUGAAGAAAAGGCUCAGCUCAGAAGCUGUAUUGCAAGAAGACCUCCAAAUAAAAAGAAGAAUGGUGGACCUCCUGGAGGAGUCAGAGCGGCGCAAUAYAGAAAGACUGGAUAAGCUUACAGAAACUAUGGAAAAUAUGACAAACUGUAUUAAAGAUGGCUUCAGUCUCCUUACCAGAAUGAUGACCCAGCCUCAGCAACUAUCAUAUGCACCUCCUGGGCAAGUUGUCAGAGAUCCWCAAGGGCCGGGCUACUUUGAUACUAACCAAAGGAUCCCUUUCACUGCUUCGUCAAGUAGUCAUUUAUAUAGACAUGCAGUGCAUGGAGAUGAAUUGUUUGAGCAUUUAUGAAAUAUUUUUAUAAGUGACUUUUUAAAAACUCUUUACUGGUGUUCUGCUAUGUUUUUUUCUUCUUACUUAAGUAGUCUGUUGGACUCUUUAAUAUUUAUAAAUAUUUUCUGCCUAUUUAAAKUAUUUGCUUAUUUCAUACAAUAUGUAAUUUACAAAAUAAAGUCUCCUUAAUUC